AUGUAUCUGCCGAGAUCCUUGAUAUCCAAGCUCUAUCUGCACCUGCAGAACACGCGCCAUCCCCUCUCGCCUCCCGUCCUCAUUCUCGUCGCUCUCGAGCCCGAUUCCCUCUGCGCCUGCCGUAUCCUGACGCGCCUCCUCAAGCACGACUACAUCCCUCACAAGAUCCAACCUGUUGCCGGCUAUGCCGACCUUGAACGCGUCGGGAGCGAGCUUGUCUCCCCCAUGAUGGAGACGCGGGGCGGAGCCGGUGGCGUGGUCGUCUGCCUCGGAGUCGGGGGCAUGGUUGACUUGGGUACUGUCUUGGGAGUCGAGCCAGAGGAUGACGAGACCACCUUCGGCGGCGUCGAGGUCUGGGUCAUCGACUCCCACCGGCCAUGGAAUUUGGGCAAUGUGUUUGGCGGCUUCCCACUGGAGCCCGAGACGGCGAGUGCGCAGGGCUUCCAGGCUCGGACGCCCACAGGAAUAGCCGGCGGCCGGAUCGAUCGUGCCUAUAAGCCCGGAAAGGGAGGUAUUGUGGUUUUUGACGAUGGUGACAUCGAGGACGAGCUCGACAAGGAGAAGGACGCGUAUCUUGCGCUCGUCGACAUGCCCGAAAUUGACGACAACGGCGAAGACCUCGACGACACUGACUCGGAGAGCGAGGGCGAAGAGAAUGACGAGCCUCUGGCGCGUGCUGGGCAGAAGAGAAAGUCGUGGUCGGACAUGGAUGAGGAUGAAGACAGCGAAGACGACGACCGGCCUCGCCAGAGGAGGCGGAGCAAUUCUUCGAGCCCGAUACCAGACUCGCCGAGGAGACCAGCACAGCGAGGACUUAUGUCCCUGCAAGACCCUGCCGUUUUCUCCUCGAGUGACCCGGCUGACCCGCCCUCCGCCGCUCAGCCCCCUAAAGCACCGUCGGCUCGCACUCUGAGGCGGCGCCUGCUGCGGAUGCGUCGCGAGAACGAGGGCGUCCUGCGAAAGUACUACAGGAUGGGCACGUCUUACUCGGAACCGAUAUCUUCAAUGAUCUACUCGUUGGCCUCCGAACUCGGUCGGGAAGACAACGACCUGCUCUGGUUGAGCAUUGUGGGCGUGACAUCCAUGGAGCUUUACGGCCGGUCUUCGGCCGGUAUCGCAGUUCCGGUUCGGGCGGCCGAGAGCCGCUCGACUUCGGGCUGGAUGGGCAUGCGGGGAGCCCGGAUACGGCAACUGCUGCGCGACGAAGUCCGACGCCUGAAUCCGCCCGAGGUUGGCAGCAGUAGCGGCCGGGUCACUCCCGAACUCACCGGGAUCAUACCUACCACGGCCCGCAGUCCCGAAGACACGAGCAUCCGGCUGUCUCCCGAGCCCAAGUUCCUCCUCAUCCGCCACUGGAGUCUCUACGAUAGCAUGCUGCACUCGCCUUACCUCUUCUCCCGGCUCAAGAUGUGGAGCGAGACGGGCCUCAAACGUCUGCACAAGCUCUUUGCCAAGAUGGGCGUUAGUCUCGUCCAGUGCCGGCAGAGCUACUCUCACAUGGACAUGAUGUUGAAGAGGGAGCUGCGCAUCAAGCUGCUCAAGUAUGCAUCUCUGUACAACCUAGACGAGAUGGUCCCGACGAUCGACACGGACGGCAAGGACCGUGGCGGCGCGAAGGACGGCUGGGGAUUCGUGCGCAGUUGGGGCUGGCGCGCGACACUGAGUGCUCAGGAUGUUGGCGUCGUCAUCGGCGCGCUGCUCGAGGUCGGCAAGGUAGCGGCCACCGAGGCGGGUGUUGUGGAGAGCGCCUCGCAGUCGACCCAGGAUGUCAACGGAGACUAUGCACAUGUCCAGAGGGAGGAAUGGCUUCCUCGCUUCUGGGAAGCCUACGACGCCCUGGAGGAUAUCGAGGCCCUCAAGGCCGGUCUGCCCACGGCCCAGUUCCUCCACCGUGCCAUCUUCAACACGGGCACCACGAUCAUGAAGAAGAAGCAGAUCACCCACCUGCGCGCCUUUCGUAUGUGCAUCGUCAAAGAAGGCCCCGAGGCUGCCGUCUUUGUUCACCCGGGUGCGCUGACCAAGCUGGCGCUGUGGAUCGGCGAGGCUCUUGCCGAGCAGGAGAAGGACGCCACCGGUGGCCGGCUCGCGCACGGCGGGAGAGGCACGCCGCUCGUCGUGGCCAGCAUAGACGAGAAGCGCGGCGUGUACGUCGUCGUCGGCACCGGCGGCGGCGGAGGGCCGGACGCGCUCUCGCAGAGCCGCGAGGCGGCGCGGAAGAGGCAGGAGGAGCGCGAGAAGAAGAACAAGCUGCGGGACGACAGGCGGCGCGCAAGGCAAGCGGCCAGGGAGGAGAGGAAGGCUGCGGCGGCUGCGGCGCGGCGCGAGCGCGGAGGAGAUGCGGCCGAGGACGGCGAGGACGAGGAGACGGAGUCUGAGGCGUCCGACGGGUCGGACUCGGACUCGGAGUCGGAAGACGACGAGGACCUGCUCGGCGGUGCCAAGGACCGGGGCUACGGCCUGAACCGUUUCGGCACGGCCUUCCAGGACGUGGUUGCCGAGACCAAUGCGAGGGUCCGGAUCGACAGCUUUGAGCACUGUGUCGUCGAGGUCAAGAAGGAGGACCUGACUGGCUUCCUGGAGAGCCUCAGCAUGAAGGCGGUGGUCGGCUAG